UGGCGCUAUUUUUUCACAGCUCGAAGCUAGCGAAAGAGGCAACGGCACGUGUACAAUAUCCUUCCUUUCUGUCGGUUUUCCCGCUUCCUUUGCCCCUCGCUCACUCCUCUUCCCUUUAAUUUUCGCCUCGCACCUUCGACUGGCCGUUGCGUAGUUGCCAUGGAGCUCGUGUGUCUCUGACCAAUGUCCCUUCGAGAAUACGAGUUGCCUUUCUCUCGUUGGCGGCGAUGGCGGCCUUGUUUGAGUGCUCCGACCUGCCGAGCUAUGGACGGCAGGUGUGCACACUCUAUUCCCUCGGUCUGCUUUCCCGCUUUCUGGCCUCAUCUCUCCCUCUGUCUGUCUUUCGUAAUGUCGCACGUGGUCCGGCUGGAUGCUCGGUACUUGUGCUGGCGAUGAUCUGUGCGGCCGUCGUCGUCCACGCGGCAGAGCAACGGCGGGCUGUCGAUGUCGAGUACCUGUCYGCUCACUACCGACCCACUUACCAACCCUYUCACCUACCCACCGGCUCACCAAACCACUUCGUUCCCUAUUCUCGCCUGCUUCAGGCUACUGACCCUAGUAGCUUGGCCAUGGAGUCGCUGGAAUCUCCGUCGUCAGACUCACAGCCUUCCUCAAACUUGACGCUGCUGGAUUCUGCUCUUAUCCUUGAUGCGAGACUCGUUAUGCACCGAAGGCCCCUGGCACCGUUCCUAGGUGAUGAUCCGAAGAGCGGUAGGCGGCUGGGUUACACGGUGAUUCGAGACAUAGUUUUUGUUCCCAACUCCACUCUGUUGUUCUUCGUUCUCCACGAAUAUCGUUAUGAAGGUGAGCCGUCGGAGCUCGUCGCCGAGCGCACCUCGUUCAGGAAAGUAGAUCUAGAGCAGGUCAAUCAAGGGCUUCGAACGCUCGCCGAGGACGAAGUGAUUACCUACUGGUGGCCAUAUGACGAGGCUGUAGGCUCGGCAAAUGCCUCGCCGUUUAUCCUUCGCCAUCAGACGGAUCUAAGUACUUCUAUGGCCGAUUCCUGGGGCAUGGAAUUGACGGCAAGUGCGGCGUAUCUCAUCGUGGGCUUGAAUCCGACAGGUAAAGCUGCAGAAGGAAGGCCAAUGAUCGCCGCUAUUUCGACGCGCAAUGGAAGCCACGUGGCCGUCAGUGCCCCAGCUGAUUCCUUGAGGGGCGUUGCUUUCAAUCCCARYAGGACACAGCUCUUCUCCGCAGACAGCUAUCUUCCCUGUCGGAUCCUUUCCACGGCCGUAGGAGAGUCCGGGCUUCCCAUCGACAGCCAAGAAUGGAAGACGGUCGGACGAUUCACCGGUAGCGGAGCGCGGAAUAUCUCUGAUGUAGUAGUUGGGAGACAAACGCUCGUUGCAGACGGGACCUGUUUCUACUUCUUUGAUCGAGACAAUUCGCGGGUGUGGGGGAUCGAUCCCUCGUCCUCGACCUCACCAACCGCUGCCACUCUCAUCGCUGGAUCUGGCAAUAAAGCAUAUGCGGACGGGGAUGGACUURRUUCGUCGUUCSAGUGGCUGGGCGAGAUCGUGGCCACUGCGGACGGAUGCAAUAUCUUUGCCACUGAUUCCCGUAACGGUCGCUUACGCUGGCUGAAGCUCGAUUCCCCAUGCAGCACGGCGCGCAGUGCGGAGACUGUGGCGAGAAGCGUUAAUCAAUUCGUGCGGGGACUGGCUUUUCAUGAACAGGCCGGCGAGAUGCUCUUGUACGUUGGAGCCGGCGAUGGCUCCUUGUUCGAGCUCAAACUUGACCGCUUUAAGCUGCAUGCUUGUGCAUCCCCAUCCAGCAUGCCCGCAGAUGAUUUUCCUCCUGUCCCCGAUUCAUCCGACACGUGGAUUGCUUCUUCGUCUUCUUCUUCUCCGUCUUCUUCCGCAGACRGUACUCCCUCUUCCGCUAAACAAGAGCCCCAAACGCGCUCUUCUUCUUCCUCGCACUCCGCCAAUCGUGGUGUGAUUGUCGGGGUGUCGCUCGUAUCACUGGCACUAAUUUGCGCUAUUGCCUGCGUAGGUAUCCUCUGUUGGAAAGGCCGCCAGCCAGGCGGGGUCAUCGGACGGUGGAGAUCUCCGUCUCCAUUGCUUACCGCGGGUGCAUCUAGCACAACGAGGACGACUUGCGCGCCGUCUGGGUAUGAAGGCCUUGAACUGGAGGGAGAGGUGCCUCGGCCUAUGGAGAUGAAGAGGUUCCCGCUCACACUGCUCUCGCACUGCACCGAUGGGUUCAGCAAGGGCUAUCGUAUCGGGGACAGCGGGGCAUUCGGUGACGUUUACUGGGGUUCGAUAGGCGAGCAACAGGUGGCAAUCAAGCUGAUGUCGGGGGAGCUUACUCCCGCCAAGCGCACUAUGUUCGUCGCGGAGGUAAACACUCUGAGCAGACUCCAUCACGCCAACCUCAUCGGAUUGCUUGGGUACUGCGACGAGGGGCCGCGAUCCAUCUUGGUGUACCCCUACUUUCCAGGUGGCAGUCUGUACGGUCGCCUUCACCGUAGGAAGAAAGCUGUUCCCGGUAAACCCGCUCUCCCGUCUCUGACGCUGGUCGAGCGGAUUUGCAUCGCCUUGCAGAUCGCCAAGGGGCUAGCCUACCUUCACGACGGUGCCGACCCACCGAUCAUCCAUCGGGACAUCAAGAGCAGCAACGUGCUUCUCGGCGAUGACUCCGGGGAAAGGCUGCAUGUGGUGGUAGCGGAUUUCGGUCUGGCAAGGAUCGGCGAGAGGGUGUUCGGGACGGAACACGAGACAAUAGUGAAGACCUCGCACAUGUCAGGAACGUUCGGGUACAUGGCGCCGGAGUACAUGCUGUUGGGGGCCCUGACGGCGAAGACGGACGUUUACGCUUUCGGCGUGAUCGCACUGGAGCUGCUCACGGGAAGGAAGGCCGUGACAAGGGCACCGGCUGGCGAGGGUAUGCUGACGCUUGUGGACUGGGCGAAGCCUCUUCUAGGCAGCUGCCAUAGGGGUAAAUCAGGGGUUCUGCGGGACGAGAUUCUGGAACCUUGCUUGCUGGAUCAGGCGGCGGGAUUGCCGUUCCGUMACAUCGUGACUGAGAUAUUGUGGUUGGUGGGGGAAUGCGUAGCGGAKGACUACAGGUCUAGGCCAACCAUGAGCUCAUUAGCCAGCACGAUUGCCGGCCUGCUCAAGGAAGCCAACAUCGGCUUGUGACUUCAGAGAUGAUGAUGUUGGGAUGWCGACCGCGGGGGCGAAACGGCGGAUUGAAAUUGAGGCAUCAACCUUCAAUCGUUGCUGAAAGCAGAACAGACUGAUGUACGACGAUAUAUAUAUAUAUAUAUAUAUAUAUAUAUAUAUAUAUAACAGUCACGUUUCUUGUUGAUAUCGAAAAAAGAUGGGAGGGAUUAGAACUCGCGGUGGGGACAGAAUGAUCAACACGAUGAAUGAUGAAUGGAUGGAGUUCAAAUCGAUGAAUUGCUGAGUAGGUGGAAAAACACACUCGGAGGUAUGGCUGAUCCUCGUUAACCAUGUGGGGUAGGAAGGAGGAARACAAGAGAGAGCGGUGGGGCUGAAGUGGAUGGGUUGUGGAAGACAGCUGGCAGAUUGUGGAGGACCCGUUAUGUCGGUAGGAGAGCUGCAAGGAAUUGAGGGCGGAUAAUAGGUUGCGGCGGGGUAAUGC